UCUCUCUCUCUCUCUGUCAUUUCCCUCUCUCCAUCACCUGUUUCACCCCUCUCACAAUUUUUCUGUCCUGUCCUCUCCAUUUUCAUUUCUUUUAAAUAUCCUGGUCCGGACGAGGGUUACAUUACUGUCUUUUUAUCAUUGAGGCAAAUUUCCACAUGUCGCGUACGUGCGUCAACAAUAAGCGCAUUCCCGGUCCUCUAUACACUGUAUUUUGUUGCUGCCUCUAUGCUGUUAUCUGGUCCGAAUGCUAACGUGUUGAAUGGUUCGGUCGGCUUGUGGUCCCUUGUUACAAGUGAUUUUGUGUGCGGACAGGUCCGGAUGGUUCCGAGGCUGCCACCGUGUCGGAGACCGGUAGCCUCGCAGGGGGCCACCAGUCCGGCGCGCAGUCGGACGCCCAGUCGGACGCCCAGUCCGACGAUCUGUCUGACGCCCAGCCCGACGAUCAGUCUGGCGCCCAGUCCGCCGUCCUCACGAGGAUGAUGACGCUGCCAGGACCGGUGGCUAUGCCGACGUCUCGUCCGGAUGGUUCCGAGGCUGCCACCGUGUCGGAGACCGGUAGCCUCGCAGGGGGCCACCAGUCCGGCGCGCAGUCGGACGCCCAGUCGGACGCCCAGUCCGACGAUCUGUCUGACGCCCAGCCCGUCGAUCUGUCUGACGCCCAGUCCGUCGUCCUCACGAGGAUGAUGACGCUGCAAGGACCGGUGGCUAUGCCGACGUCUCGUCCGGAUGGUUCCGAGGCUGCCACCGUGUCGGAGACCGGUAGCCUCGCAGGGGGCCACCAGUCCGGCGUGCAGUCGGACGCCCAGUCGGACGCCCAGUCGGACGCCCAGUCCGACGAUCUGUCUGACGCCCAGCCCGACGAUCAGUCUGGCGCCCAGUCCGUCGUCCUCACGAGGAUGAUGACGCUGCCAGGACCGGUGGCUAUGCCGACGUCUCGUCCGGAUGGUUCCGAGGCUGCCACCGUGUCGGAGACCGGUAGCCUCGCAGGGGGCCACCAGUCCGGCGUGCAGUCGGACGCCCAGUCGGACGCCCAGUCCGACGAUCUGUCUGACGCCCAGCCCGACGAUCAGUCUGGCGCCCAGUCCGUCGUCCUCACGAGGAUGAUGACGCUGCAAGGACCGGUGGCUAUGCCGACGUCUCGAGGUCGCCAACCGAAGCCGUCAGCUAUGGUGAAGCCCGUUUAUCGCAAACCUGAACAAGCUGUGGCUCGUCCGGCUCGUCAGCUAUCGCUGAAGAGCCGGACCUAAAACAGCGGACUUGGAAGGAUGUAAAGUACCAGGUCCACAAUAUGAUUACGACCCGCCAGAGACGGGCGCUCAGAUAGGUGAAAAGGGCUUCACCAGUCCGGCGCCCAGUCCGGUGCCCGGUCCGGCGCCCAGUCCGGCGCCCAGUUCGGCGCCCAGUCCGGCCUUCACCGUUUUUGUGGCAAAUACAGCAUCUGUCCUUU